AUGAGCCAGCACUCGACAGGCCUUAAGAAAGGAGCUUCUGAACAUGUUCCCUCACCGCCAACUACCAACAAUAUGGGUCAUAAAAAUGGACUUUCGAGUAAUCUUAAUGAACAAAAUGUAGGCUCUGGUGAAGAACUUCCAAAUGGCAUCCACUCCUCCACAAAGGGUGUUGAAGGCAUUGAUGUGCAAGAUGCGAAAAACAGCAAGAAAAAGACAAAAAAGACAAAAUGGAAAGUGAAAAAAGCUGUAAACGAGGCAGCUUCUGGUCAUGAGGUGCCUUUGAAUGAUAACAUUGAAGCAGACAAGACUGAUAUGUCUACAGCUGAAGGUUUGGGCACCAAAGAUGGAAGUGACUUGCCCCAGCACUUUAGUUCCGAGAACGCGAAUAAUUCGGAAAGUUUUUCAAAUGGGCUGCAUAAUGAAGAAGGGAGGCAGCACGUAGUGCACCCUGAAACACUUGUUUUUAAAUUCUUACGAAAUAUAGCACUUUCUGUGGCUAGAUCAUCUGCUGACUGGAUAGAGAGGCAUAAACCUACUUUUGUUACGCUCAAGUCUAAAGUGCUAAAGGCAUGUGAUCAUAUCCGAAUGAAGAUUCAGCAUGUGCAGCCUAUCAUAUUCCAGUGGAUCGUGCAUUUUGGGAACUUAAUGCUGCUUGUCUUUAUGGUUUGGUUGGAUUGUACUUUGAGGGGCAUUGAUUCCUUUUUGCGCAUGGGGACAACAUCAUUUUUCUCGAUUAUAUGGUGUACUGUUCUCUCAGUGAUUGCCAUAAUCGGACUCGGAAAGUCUCUAGUUGCACUGGCUGUAAUUGCUGCCGGUGGACUAUUUCUUGGUAUUACAUUUGCAGCUUUAGUCAGUGGUAUUUUCGCAAUAUUUCUCGUAUGGUUUUAUGGGAGCUUAUGGCCUACUGGACUCAUUAUCGUGCUCGGAGGAUUGGCAUUGAUUACGAAUCAUGACCGGAUUGGACUCCUUAUUGCAAGUGCAUACUCCAUUUAUUGUGUUUGGAAUUAUGUUGGGUGGCUCGGCUUACUUCUUGGCUUGAACUUAUCAUUUAUAUCGAGUGAUGCUCUGUUAUAUGUGCUGAGGAAUAUUGCCAACGACCAAAGAACGGCUAACGGCUGCUCAGAACAAGCCGCCGGGUUUCAAGGUCAACCGUCCUUUUCACCUGAUGAGCAUUUUUCACCUGGUACUGGUGCAGCUGGUCUACGGACUGAUCGUGGCCCAGGUAUACCCUCCACGAGCGGAUCUGAUUCGGAAAUCACAUCUGAAGAUGAAAUUGUCAGAUUACUGAAUUGCAAGGAUCAUUAUGAUGCACUGGGCUUGGCCCGGUUUGAAAAUAUAGAUUUGUUGGUUAUCAAGCGGGAGUACAGGAAAAAGGCAAUGCUUGUACAUCCUGAUAAAAAUAUGGGCAAUGAGAAGGCUGCUGAAGCUUUCCAGAAAUUGCAAAAUGCUUAUGAGGUUUUACUGGAUGCGUCUAAACGGAAAGAAUAUGAUGAUGAGUUGAAAAGGGAAGAGCUGCUGAAUUUUUUCCGUAAACUUCAGAAUACUUCCCCUGAGAAUAGAAGCCAUGGGAUAUUUAGAUCUGGCUUUGGUCGCUCGGAAGCUGACGGUGAGGACCCACCUGGAGAGUUAAAGCGGAUAGCAUGCAAGAAGUGCGGCUUUUUUCACACUUGGGCUUCUACCAAGAAAAUCAAGUCCAGAGCAAGAUGGUGUCAGGACUGUAAAGAUUUUCAUCAGGCUAAGGAUGGGGACGGAUGGGUCGAGCAGUCUUCACAGCCCAUUUUUUUUGGAAUGCUUCAGCAGGUUGAAGCUCCCUGUGCAUUUGUAUGUGCUGGAGGCAAGGUUUAUGAUGCAACUGAAUGGUUCAUUUGUCAGGGAAUGAGGUGUCCCGCAAACACUCACAAACCAAGUUUCCAAGUGAACACGAGUGUUGUGGCCAAGAACAACAACAGCCAUGCAAAAGGAUCAUCAUCGUGGCAAAGUUCAGGUCAGAGAAUGCCAGCUCAUAACAACUUUGAGACAAUGACCGAGGAAGAAUUCUGCGAGUGGCUGCAAAACGCAGUCCAGAGUGGCAUGUUUGACAACUUCACUGAUGGCGAGAGCCCCUCCAAGACUGGCGGUAGCAAUAGCGGGAGUGGCAGUAGCAAGAGGAAGAAGAAGGGGAAGAAGCAGUGGUGA